UGGCCUUUCCCCUCCCGUUCCCGUCUCGCGCACCCAACAGCGAACACUUCCCCACAAAAUCCCGCAACAGCGCGUCUCACCUCAGUUCACCCCCGUCAAUCCCCAGCGAAGAAGUGUAGUACUUAGCACAUCUGCAAUGGCCGCGUACCAAACUGCCUUUGUGCCUGAGCCACAAUUGCUGAACACUGAGAUCAUCGCUCAGAAGGCCACCAACUUUGUUGCUGACACCGCCAGAAAAGACAAAUCCAUUGGCUACUUGGAUGUGUUUGUACACCAGGCACGUGAUAUCCACAAUGUUUGUAUCUACCACAAGCAGGACGUAUAUGCAAAGCUGCGCCUCACAAGCAGCCCGGAUCUUUCGUGCUCAACCAAGGUGAUUAAUAGUGCUGGGCACAACCCAGUGUUUGAAGAAAGCCUACGGCUUGAUGUGCAGACUGUGGACGCUUCACUCAAAUGCGAGAUAUGGAUGUUAAGCAGAGUGAGGAACUACUUGGAGGACCAGCUCCUUGGCUUUGCCCUUGUUCCUCUGGCAGACAUUGUAAUGGGUGAUGGGAAGCUGGUCCAGGAGUUCUCCCUGACAUCAACUGACCUUUUCCACACACCAGCUGGUUUUGUGCAGCUGUCCUUGUCAUAUACUGGUUGUUCCCCAGAUGUCAUCCUCAUCUCAUCACCCAAUAAGUCAGUGUCAAGAGUGCCCGAUUCUGGAAAUGAUUGUGUGGUUCCUGCUCAGCUCGAAAAGAUUGAGUUCCCAGACCUAAAUGUCGUGAAGGAGGAUGAGAUUAUGGUCUCAAAGUAUCUCGAGAUGGGGUCUUUGGACUCUCAGAACCCUAUAAAAACUGAGAAUGGCAAGUUGCUGCAUUCUGGAAAUGGUAACGAUAUUCCUUCUGAACUUGGAAAAAUCGAGUUCCCAGACUCUGAGAACCCUGUAAAAGCUGAUAAUGGCAAGUUGCUGCAGUUUGGUGCAGCUGUGCCUGGUACUGCAAUCUGUGCAGAUAAGCUGGAGGAACAUCAGGAUGAAAGCCCUCUAAGUUGUGUCUCAACCACAGGUUCCUCCACCACCCUUUCUGCAACACAACAAUCAGUUUCUGAGCCAAGUUCUGAGCCGUCGGAGACCACUGUCGAGGCACCCCCAAGACAAAGCCAGAGGGAGAAAAGCCAAGAUGUUACCGAUGGUGAGGCUGAUUCUUCUGAAGCACUAGCAGCACCCAAGGAUGAAGUUGUCAAGCCUGUGAUCAGCAUUAAUCUUCAGCCGGAGCAGUCAGUUGUCCAACAAGACAUAGUUGACAUGUACAUGAAGAGCAUGCAGCAGUUCACAGAUUCUCUUGCAAAAAUGAAGCUUCCAUUGGAUGUUGAGAAUAGUAGUCCCUCAAAUGACGACUCUGACUCCAGUACGAUUGAGAAGCCAUCCCCAUCCCCAUCGUCAUCUGCAACAAAGGGUUCUAGGGUCUUUUAUGGAAGCAGGGCCUUCUUCUAAGUUUCUGAUGUGAAGUAGCGCUAGCUCAUUAUCUCCUAUGUAUACAGUUCAGGUUUGUCAGGCAUUGGGUGGCAUGUAUUGACAUACUUUCGUCACCAUAAUAUACUGUUAGGACUCACUCUUGGUAUGGUUCAUAGUGUUGUGCUUUGUUAAAAGGAUAAUAAUUUCAGAGUAAUUUCAUCUCAGAGUUGUAUACUGAUCCUAUGUACUAAUAUGUGCCAGUGAAUACAAUAAUGUCAUGAAAUCAGUUAUGCACUA